AUGUCACUUCUAAGCACUAACAUCCGCUUCCUUCAUGACAAUCUGGUCAUUCUUGCAGAAAGAAUUAUUUCCACAAUGCCCUCCCCACUGUCUGUUGUGUAUUUUGUUAAUUCAGGUUCUGAAGCCAACGAUCUUGCCCUGCGUCUUGCUCGAUGUCACACCAAAUCAAAUGAUGUUGUCACACUUGAUCAUGCUUAUCAUGGUCAUGUGACUUCCCUCAUUGAAAUCAGUCCAAUGAAGUUGCGUAGGAUGGCCAAACAUUGUGAUGUUCCUACCCUACCAUAUGUACAUGUUGCCUCUUGUCCAGACGUCUACCGGGGUAAAUACAGGGAUUGUGACUUCCCUGCAACUGAAGAUUUAGGGCAGAAAUAUGCUGAUGAUGUACUGCAAAUCCUUGAUAACCUUAAAGCAGAAGGUCGGAAACCCGCCUGUUACAUUGCUGAAUCACUUCAGAGUUGUGGAGGGCAGAUUAUUUAUCCCAAAGACUAUCUGAAAAAAGUCUUCAGAUACAUCCGUGAAGCUGGUGGUAUCUGUAUAGCUGAUGAAGUCCAGGUUGGAUUUGGCAGAGUUGGCUCACAUAUGUGGGCCUUUGAAAUACAUGAUGUCAUCCCUGACAUUGUUACUAUGGGAAAACCCAUGGGAAAUGGUCAUCCAGUGUCUGCAGUAGUGACAACUCCAGAAAUAUCUGCUAGCUUUCAGGCCCUAGGGAUAAGCUACUUUAAUACUUUUGGUGGAAAUCCGGUGUCAUGUGCAAUUGCAUUAGCCGUGAUGGAUGUGAUAGAAAAUGAAAGGUUGAUGCAGAAUGCACAAGAAGUUGGACAAAUCUUGAUGACAAAGUUGAAGAAUUUAAAGGAAAAACAUCCACUCAUAGGAGAUGUGAGGGGAAUUGGAUUUUUUAUUGGAAUUGAUUUGGUUCUUGAUCAGAACAGCCGCCAACCAGCAACAGAAGAAACUUUGCAUAUUGUUGAAAAUUUGAAAAGAAAUGGUAUCAUUCUUAGCCGUGAAGGUCCAUAUGACAACAUUCUCAAGUUCAAGCCUCCAAUGUGCUUUGAUCGAGACAAUGCAGAUUUUCUAGUCGAGAAACUAAGUCAAGCAUUAACGGAAGUUGAACAAAAGACAAACCACUGA